AAGUACUCUCCAGACAAAUGACACGGAUACUCUCAACGGACACUGCGAUGAAAGUACUGAUGGUUUAAUGAACUUUCGCUCUUAUUUUUUACAUUAUAACUUCUCGAGUGUGAUAAUUUGUUACUAAAGGAAAAAGAGAACAGUUUUCUCUUCGACAAUUAGUCGCCAUGGCGCGAUUCUGGAGAGUUUGUGUGCUGAUGCUCUCAACGUUUCUCCUCUUCGAGUCUCAAGCCGCCAGCAUACCGGCGGAAGAAGAGUCCUCUUCGUCGGCGAUUGACUUUGACACUGGGUACCUGAUAGUGGCCCCCAAGAUCUUUGUUGCAGGGAGUGUAGAGACGGUAUGCAUCAGUUUACAGAACAUGACGGGCCCCCUCGAGGUGGCCAUCAGGCUCAUGGACAACUUCACAGCCAUGGCUAAGCUACCAAUACAGUUCAUGGAGUUCAAAAUGGCCUGCUAUGAUAUUGAGGUGCCUUCCAUAGAAUACGAGAUGAUGCAUGCGACCCUGCUGGUGAAGCUGAGGAGGACACUGGUAACCCAGAGUGGUUUUGAGGUGGUGGAGAAGAGAAUGGUCACUAUCAAUGCCGUCAAUACAGAGAUGUUUAUAGAGACUGAUAAACCAGUCUACAAGCCAGGACAAACAGUGAAAUUCAGGAUUCUUAAUAUCAACCAAGACCUGAAACCUGAUGUUACUCCGGUGAGUAAGAUUUGGAUCGAGUCUCCCAGUGGGGUUAAGAUGCAGCAAUGGAGGAACCAGGAGAGUACAGACGGACUCAUCGAUCUGGAGCUGCCGAUGACCAAUGAUCCCGUCACUGGUACAUGGUCUAUCAUCGCUUUACACAAGGAUAGGAAGUCAACAAGGACAUUUGAAGUGGACGAAUAUGUGUUGCCUAAGUUUGAGGUUAUCAUCACUCCUCCCACCUACGUGAUGAUCAACACCACAUCGAUCCGCGUCAAGGUUUGCGGAAGAUACACGUAUGGUCAGCCGGUGAGGGGAUCAUUCGUAGCCAGGAUCACUGUCAAGAGUACUGGCUGGAACUUCAGAGAGAGGAAGACCAUGACAAGACGAGUUGAGGACACUGGCCCUUCGGGAUGCAACGAGUUCCCUGUGGAUUUAUCACGACUAGAACUCAACUCAACAGACUUCUCAUUGUGGGAUGCAAGGCUCAGUGUGGAUGUGGAAUACACAGAAACAUCUACUGGUGUGAUGCUGGAGGCGAAUAGCGAGAGUUCUCAAAUCACCAGAGAUGCUCUGAAGCUUCAGUUCGAAUCACCCAACAUCUUCAAACCAGGUGUUCCAUACUAUGGAAAGAUAUUUGUAACCCACCCUGAUGGAAGCCCAGCUGCUGGCAAGCUGAUUAGCCUGAGCUGCAACACAGACCAGGGCCAGAUCUUUGAUAAGAACCUAACGUCACCGGAGAAUGGAGCCAUUGAGUUCACUGUGACAGACAUCAACAUCACAGCUACCAGUCUCAAUCUCUAUGCUCAUGCUCCGGGGUUCAACAUCGCUCCGCGUGAAACCUACGGCAGACAACACUCCUACACCCUUCACGACCCAGCCACCUCACACUACGCCCGCCCCCAGUUCUCCCCCAGUGGAAGCUUUCUCCAGAUAGCCCCCAUCAGAGGUGUGGCCGCUGUCGGAUCGGAACAGACGCUCAGGAUCGACUUUACCGCCAACGACCCCGAAGAAAACCCACGCUUCAGAUUCGUGGUGAUGUCAAGAGGAAACAUCAUUGCCACAAGGUUCUACCGCGCUCACAAGAGACCCAAACGUCAGGCGGAGGGGAGUGUUGGCUCAUCAGCGGGGAGUGGACCCUCUCAGAGUGAACCGGAUGGUUCCGAAGAUGGUAUGCCCUCUGUGGUUGGAGAACCGUCAGUGGUUGGUCUACCCUCUGAUAUGGGUUCUCUGGAUAUACCCUCCUUUAUUCCAUCAGUACUAGGAGGAUCAUCCUUCUCAUCUGACUUCAGCUUCGUGCCUCCCACGGACGCUCCAGUGAUCAUUGUAGAGCCAGGUGAAGUGUACUCCAGGGAACUCUUGUUCCGAGUUACCCCUGACAUGGUCCCAGAGACCAGGGUCCUGGCCUACUACAUCCGAACCGACGGAGAGGUGGUGGCAGACAGCGUUGCAUUCAGAGUACAGAAGAAGUUUGAAAAUGAGGUUGAUAUAGCGUUCAGUGAUGAAGAAAUGAUGCCGGGAGCCGAGACCCAGCUUAUGAUCCACGCCUCGCCAGGCUCACUCUGUGCAGUGGGCGUGGUUGAUAGGAGUGUCCAUAUUCUGGGUGGUGAUAAUCAGCUCAAGGCAGACAAGAUCUUCGCUUCACUGGAUAAGUACCAACUGACCUCUGCUGGUGGUUACAUUGAUGCCACCACACACUGCGUACCCGAGGAAGAUGAGUAUCCUCAAUUCUUCCCUCUGGGACGCAAGAAGCGUGGCAUCUUCCUGCCGGGAUACGGCUCAAAGUAUCAGGACUCCUCCAGGGCAUUCAAGGACAUGGGUUUGUUGUUCAUCACCAAUAUGGAUGUAGAAACCAGUCCUUGUGUUGGUGUAGGUUCAGUCUCCAGAGGCACAGCUGAAGUUGAGAAUGCAGCUGAGGGACCCAUUGCUGUACCGCUGCUGAACAAAGAGAAUGCUAUCUUUGAUGACGGCGGUGUCUUGGAGAAACCAGACGUACACAACGAUGUCUUAGAGACAGCUCCAAGGAUCAGGUCGUACUUUCCAGAAACAUGGUUGUGGGACCUCAGGAGAACUGACUCUGUCACAGGUGAAACCUCCAUCACAAUGGAGGUGCCAGAUACCGUCACCGAGUGGAUUGGAAGCGGCUUCUGCACCUCUGUGGAGUACGGAGUAGGCGUCUCACCCCCCACCAAGCUCCGAGCCUUCCAGCCUUUCUUCCUCUCCUACACCCUACCUUACUCUGUGGUGAGGGGAGAGGUCGUUCCUAUCACAGUCACCGUCUUCAACUAUCUCACAGAGAGUCUGGUGGUUGAGGUUUCUUUGGAACUGACUGAAGGAUUCCGAAUGGCCAGGAAAAGUCGUCCAAGGAAGAAGGUUUGUGUUGGUGGAUCUCAGUCCCAGUCUGUGGAGUUCCGCAUCCAGCCAAGGAAACUUGGAAACAUCGCACUACAAGCACUUGGACUGUCUGUGAAUGAUCAGGAUGCUCUGUGUGGUAACGAGCUUGUCAGUAGCAGUGUUGGAGCCAGAGACAGCAUCUACAAAGAACUUUUAGUAGAGGCCGAGGGGACUGAAGUAGAAACCACACAGAACUGUUACUUCUGCCCAGAGGAGGUAACUGAAGGUGAAUAUGAGAGGGUGUUUAAUGUAACCCUACCCGAUGGCAUCGUUGAAGGGUCAGCUCGAGGAAAGGUCUCCAUCACAGGUGACUUGAUGGGCCCAAGUCUGUCUAACCUUGAUCACCUGAUUCGCCUUCCUACUGGCUGUGGAGAACAGAACAUGCUUGGAUUUGUGCCAAACAUUGUUGCUUUGAGCUAUCUCACAACGACAGACCAACUAACACCCUCUGUUGAGAACAAAGCAAAAUUUAAUAUGAAACGUGGAUAUCAACGUGAGCUCAACUACCGUCACCGGGAUGGUUCGUACUCUGCAUUCGGUGAGAACGACCCUGAGGGAAGCACGUGGCUGACUGCGUUUGUUGUUCGCUCCUUUGCUCAGGCCUCGGACUACAUCUACAUUGAUAAGGACGAUCUCAAAGUCAGCAUCUCCUGGCUGAAGAGACUGCAGAACCCAGAUGGGUGCUUUGAGUCUCGUGGGAAGCUAUGCCAUAAAGACAUGAAGGGUGGCGUUAACAGUGAGAGAACUCUGACCUCCUAUGUCCUCAUCUCACUCCUGGAGGCUGGACUUAAUCUUCAGAAUCCGGUUGUAAGUGAUGCCCUAGAGUGUGUGACCAAGGAUCUACCUGAGGUUGAAGACACCUAUACCUUAGCUCAACUUGCCUAUGCCUUGACGCUUGCUCAAAGUCCUCUAGCCCAGGAUGUCAUGGAUAAACUAGAAACUAAGGCAGUUCAUGAAGAUGGUCUCACAUACUGGCAGACCAACCGUGCUAAGCCCAACGGAACCCUCAACCUCUACGCCAACCAGGCCCCUAGCACAGACAUUGAGAUGACCUCCUACGUUCUCCUAGCCCUGAUCGGCAGGACCACAGACAUCACCCAGGCCCUCAGGGAGGGGAAUCCUAUCGCAAGGUGGAUUAUACUUCAGAGGAACAGUAAUGGUGGAUUCUCAUCUACUCAGGAUACAGUAGUAGCCCUGCAGGCUCUGGCUGAGUUUGCCAAGGUUGCAUACAGCGAAGGAACCAGUAUCAAAGCCUUUGUGGAAUUCACGCCUCUAGACGACGAGGGAUCGGGGGAGGUGUUCCCCUUCACCAUCACCACCUUGAACAGGCUAGUCCUAGAGGAGGAGACCCUACCAAGUCUCCCUGCUCAGGUCACACUCUAUGCCUCAGGGGCUGGCUGUGCUCUCUUGCAGAUUUCCACCAUCCACAAUGAGAUUCCAGAGAGUCCAGAGGAUGCUGGCUUUGAGUUGGAUGUACUGGUGCUGGAAUCGUAUGAGUCGAGCAAGAACACAAGAUGCACCGAUUACUACAUGAAAGUCUGUGCAAGGUAUACUGGCAGUGAUGAGGAGUCCAACAUGGCCAUAAUUGAAGUCAAAAUGAUAUCUGGCUUCUACCCUGACAAAGAAUCACUUCGAUUACUACAGAAGCAACACAAGCCUCUUCAACGCUAUGAGGUGGAUAACAAGAACAUCUAUUUCUACUUCAAUGAGCUGACCAAUGAGGAUACCUGCUUAGUGUUCUCCAUCAUCAAGGAGAUAGAUGUUGAGGAUGCCAAACCGGGAGUAGUACAAGUCUUUGACUACUACGAUAAGGAGAUCAAUGUAAAGCAGCUCUACGACAUCACCUGCCAGGAUGCUCCUCCUUCUUGGGAUGCCUCCCUUCUCUACACCAUCCCGGUCAAACCAUCCGAGGGCGAGUCCUUCGGUAACGCCGGUGACAUGAGACCCUUGCCCUUUGUCCUGGCCGCCCUAAGGAGGGUGGAUGGACUGGUAUUCAUCGACCCUCCAGAGGGCUCCGAGGGGGCGGGUACCGGUGGUGGAGCAGGUGGUAGUGAUGUAGACGGUGGAGAGGAGAACGUACAGGUGGAUGAGGUCGAUCCGAUGGAUGUGGCUCGGGAACUUGGACCUCCCGAUGUGUACAUCCUGUGUCCUGCCGGUCAGAAGUUUGUGGAUGGACUGAAGAGAUGCAUUCCAAUCAAUGGUUGUGAAAGCAGCCCUUGUUUAGAAGGUCAGAACUGUAUCGACACCGAUGCUGGACAUCUCUGUGUGGGCUGCAAGCCAGGCUAUCGCAAGGGAGUGGCUGAUCAAUGUGUUCGUAUGCCUGAUCCAGGCUUGAAUCAGAUUCUAUGUGGACCUGGACAGGAGUACAUUAACGGGGGCUGUACCACUGUUGACCAGUGUGUGGAUAACCCUUGUCCCGUUGAUGCCCGGUGCAGGAGUACUGCCUUUGGACACACCUGUGAGCCAGUGGUUUGUCCACCAGGAAGAAGACUGACCAAUGACCUCCAGUGUGUUGAUAUUGAUGAAUGUCUACGGAAUCCAUGUUAUGAAGGCGAGGUAUGCAGAAACAGAGCCUUGGGUUAUGACUGUAUCUGUGCUGAGGGAUAUGAACGGGAUGCUUCUAUAAACGUAUGUGUCGACAUCAAUGAAUGUGAGACUGAGAUUGAGCCUUGUGGAGGACCAGAGUAUAUAUGUAUGAACGAUAAAGGUUCCUAUCAAUGCUUCUGCGUUGAAGGAUAUGUGAUGGAUAACGAUGGCUACUGCAUAGUAGAAGUACAGGAACCAGCCAAUGCAACACGAGCCCCUCAGAGAAUAGGUCUAGAGACUACAAGCGUUCCAUCCCCACAGAAUGUAACUGAACAAACAGCUAGUGAAAUUCCUCAAGAAGGGAGUGAACAAUUCACCGAGCAACCUCAAGGAGAGGUGACACAGAAUGCGACAUCACAACCUUCAAAGCCAAGUCCAGUUGAAGAGAACACAGUUACUCCAAGUGCAGGAGAAGAAACUUCUGAUGCAGGAAGUUCUGGAAACAGCUCUGUCGCACCGGCUUUGACUGAAGUUGCAUCUAAUGCAAGCGAAGAGUCUGUAUCGCAGAGCCCUGGGAAUGUUUCUUCUACAGAAAAUGUUACGGAGAGCACUGCAGCACCAGAGUCAGGUUCUGUUACAUCCAGACAUGAUUCAUCAGGCACAGCAGCUCCAGAUACCCAAGGGAACACAACAACCACAAGUCCAGUUGAGGAAGUUACAAGCAACUCUGGUGCAAUGAGAACUAAUGGUACUGAAUCACCUAGUGUAGGGAAUGGAAGCUUCGUAACACCAUCCGCAGAGGAAGGGUCUACACAGAGUCAAAAUGAAAGUACUACUACAUCGGCUCCAGCAGAGCCGGACACUUCCUUAAAUAGCUCAGUUACACCAGUUGCUGUACAAGAAACAAACACUACUGCUGGGGAAGAAGCAGUUACACCUAGCUCAGGUGACACCUUGGGCAAUACAACAGUUGCACCCAUUAGAGUAACAGAUUCACAAAGCAAUGCAACAAAUGCACCUUUGGAUGCAACAGGUGCACCAAGUAAUACAACAGAAGCACCUAGUAAUACAACAGAAGCACCUAGUAAUGCAACAGAAGCACCCAGUAUAGCAUCAGAUGCACCUGGCAAUGCAACAGUUGCACCCAUUAGAGUAACAGAUUCACAAAGCAAUGCAACAGAAGCACCAAGUAAUACAACAGAAGUACCAGGAGGAGAAGGUGGUGGACCAGAUGAAGAUAAACCAAUCAUUGAUUAUGGAGGUAUCAAGCCAGGAACGUGCCCAGUAGAAGAAACAGGAGGAUUCAGUAUCUGUGGAGGAGUACCUUGCCUAGGUGAUGAGGACUGUUCAGGAACACAGAAAUGCUGUCAGAGGAGCUGUGGAAAACUCUGCAUGGCUGUGGGUAUGCAAGUUGAUCCUAUAGAUCCAUUAGUAGACAUUGGUGGCCCAGUAGACGUAGAAGCACAUCCAGGAGUUUGCCCUAUGGACGUUGGUGGAAGUCCAUGGUGCACAGGAUUGACGUGCAAUCAUGACGGCGACUGUGCAGGCAAUGAAAAGUGCUGCUUUGAUUUUGAGUGCGGUGCAGAGUCCCGUUGCAUGGCAGCCCCUCAGAUCCAACCUGUUCCUGGUCCUUUCGGACCUUUUCCAGUGGGUCCCAAGCCCGUCGUUGGACCAGAGACCCGGUCCGGUGCAUGCCCCGAUGAGAUUGGUGCUACCCCCUUCUGCGGGGGCCCCCUCUGUAUCUAUGAUGGAGAGUGUGAUCCCGGAGAAAAGUGCUGCUCCAGCGCCACGUGUGGAGAGGGGCUCAGUUGUAUGCCAGCUCCUCAGAUUCAGCCUGUGCCGCCUAUGAAACCAAGAGAGGGCUCUUGUCCGAUGAUGGGUAACUGCCAGGGCCAGGAGUGUGUGAUGGAUGGAGAUUGCUUUGACAAUGAGAAGUGCUGUGGAAGUGACUGUGGGUACCGCUGUUCUCUUUCUCUUUCUCUUCUUGAGCCACCACCCCUUCCUGAGCUUCACCUUGGCCUAUGUCCGCCUGUAGAGGGCGAGGGAACUUGUGGGGCCACAGUGUGUGUCCAGGACGGCAACUGCACCAUGUCUGAGAAGUGUUGCGUCAGUGCCUGUGGAUUCCACUGCACACCUGCUAUCCCUUUUGCCCCCCCUGCACCAAUAGAACCCCUAGUAUGUCCCGGGGACCGCGUCUACCUGGAGUGUAACUCUGCAUGUCCUGAAUUCUGCGGCCAGUCCUUGGAGAUUGCUCUUUGUAUUCAGAUGUGUGAGCCAGGCUGUGGUUGCCCAGAAGGAACCAUCCAUCUAAGCGAGAACUCUGAUGAAUGCGUUGCUUCAGACGCUUGCCCAGUUCCAGUUCCAAUUUCAAUUCAAUGUACUGAACCACUGGUCUUCAACGAAUGUGGGUCCGCGUGUGAACAGACCUGUGAGAAACCAGAGCUUCAGCCAUGUACUAGGCAGUGCGUGCCAGGAUGUUUCUGCCCUUAUGGAACAUUGAGGGUUUCGCUGGAGAGCGACCUCUGUGUGUCGAUCAUGCUUGACGCGCCUAUUGACUUAAACUGCCCAGUGGCCCCCCCUGCACCAAUAGAACCCCUAGUUUGUCCUGGGGACCGCGUCUACCUGGAGUGUAACUCUGCAUGUCCUGAAUUCUGCGGCCAGUCCUUGGAGAUUGCUCUUUGUAUUCAGAUGUGUGAGCCAGGCUGUGGUUGCCCAGAAGGAACCAUCCAUCUGAGCGAGAACUCCGAUGAAUGCGUUGCUCCAGACGCUUGCCCAGUUCCAGCUCCUACUCCAGUUCCAAUUUCAAUUUUAAUUCAAUGUACUGAACCACUGGUCUUCAACGAAUGUGGGUCCGCGUGUGAACAGACCUGUGAGAAACCAGAGCUUCAGCCAUGUACUAGGCAGUGCGUGCCAGGAUGUUUCUGCCCUUAUGGAACAUUGAGGGUUUCGCUGGAGAGCGACCUCUGUGUGUCGAUCAUGCUUGACGCGCCUAUUGACUUAAACUGCCCAGUGGCUGAACCUCGACCAUGUGAGACUGAAAGACGCAUAAAGCUGGAAGAAAGAGGUGAGGCGGAGGGUGUGUUUAUCCCACAAUGUACUCAAGAUGGAUUCUAUGCCAUGGAGCAGUGUUACGAGGGCAAUGGUACUUACUGUUGGUGUGCGGACCCCCAGACUGGAACAGUCCUCCCUGACAGCGAAGUCCAUGGUGCUCGUGCAGACUGCGAUCGCUUCAUUCCUGACCCUUCACUUCUCAACCAGUGCCCCGAAGGCAAAGUGUUUGCUGAUGGUGUCAAGAAAUGUGUCUAUCCUGAGCCAGAGCCAAGGCAGCCAGGUAUCCCUGCAUGUCCAGGAGACUUUGUCCAGAAUGACUGUAACUCUGCAUGCCCCGAGUAUUGUGGACAGCCUGAAGAGGUCGGCUGCAUCCAGAUGUGUAUGGUUGGAUGCGGAUGUCCUUCUGGUAAAGUGAAGGCUAGUCUGGACUCUAAUAUGUGCGUUGCUCCAGAGGAUUGCGCAGCUGGUGUGCCAGAACCAGAGCCAGAACCAUUAACCUGUGUUAACAACUUGGUGCACAAAGAUUGCGGAACGGCCUGCCCCUUGACAUGCAAUGAAAAAGAAGCAGAGAUGUGUGUAGCCAUGUGUGUCGCAGGAUGUCACUGCCCCGACGGGAUGUAUCUGGUGCCCGGAGACUCUCCACGAUGUGUGGCCCAGGAGGAGUGCCCAGAACCAUGUGAUGAGGGAUACAAGUACAAUGAGGACCUGGAAUGUGUUGUUGCCAAUCCAUGUCACGUGCUGCUGGCUGCAGUCCAAGCGAGAAUGCCUAUGCCUGGUCAGUUUACUCCAACGUGCACAAGUGAAGGGAAGUACGAGACGGUUCAAUGCCAUGGUAGUACUGGAUUCUGCUGGUGUGCCGAUACUGAGACAGGAGUCAAGAAACAGGGAACUGAUGUCAGAGGAACUCCCGAUUGCCCAGAACCAGCCCCUACUUGUGAUGAGGGAUACAAGCACAAUGAGGACCUGGAAUGUGUUGUUGCAAAUCCAUGUCAUGUGCUGCUGGCUGCAGUCCAAAUGGCAGAUGAGCGUAUGGUUGGUCAGUUUACUCCAAUGUGCACAAGUGAGGGGAAGUACGAGACGGUUCAAUGCCAUGGAAGUACUGGAUUCUGCUGGUGUGCCGAUACUGAGACAGGAGUCAAGAAACAGGGAACUGAUGUCAGAGGAACUCCUGAUUGCACAGCCCCAGUACCUACCUGUGAGGGAGAAAUGGAGUUCCAGACUUGCGGAUCUGCUUGUCCAGCAGUGUGCAAUGAACCAGAACAGAUUUGUAUCUUUCAGUGUGUCAGAGAGUGUCAGUGUCCAAGUGGGACAUUGCUCGUUCGAGAGGACCCCCCUCGCUGUGUAGCCUUCGAAGAAUGCCCAUCACCCUGCGAUAACGGUAUGAAGUUUAGCGAAUGUGGUCAGGACUGCCAGGACUACUGUGGUAGACCAGAGGAAGGUUUUUGUAACAGCGUCUGCAAACCAGGCUGUGUGUGUCCAGAAGGAACCAUUCGUAUUGAUCUAGAGACGGAUAUGUGUGUUCCAAGAGAAGACUGCCCGGGGCUUGAAAUACCUGUAGAGAUUGAAGUAGAGUUUGGAGGUGUUGGACCGGCGCUCAUUUUUGUUGACUGUAGCGGAAGCAACCCAUGUCUGAAUGGAGGUACCUGUGAGAGCGAAGCAUGUACAUGUCUUGAGGGAUUCAGUGGAGAUUUGUGUGAUACUUUUUCAGCUGUUGGACCGGCACUCUCUUUCGUUGACUGUAGCGGAAGCAACCCAUGUCUGAACGGAGGUGUCUGUGAGAACUUGGCAUGUACAUGUGCUCCAGGAUUUAGUGGAGAUUUGUGUGAUUCAGUUGUUUGUCCAAUGGUUACAGCUACUACUCCGGAUGACGUCGGACAGAUUCGAACAAUCAUUUGUGAUUUUGACCACAUUAUUUGUCCAGUGGUUACAGCUGAUACUAUGGCUGACAACAAAGAGAUCGUUUGUGAUUUUGACCACAUUUUCAUCGUCAAGAUGAGGCUUGAUGGACGAGCGAAGAUUCUGAAUGAUUUGACAACUUCUGUAAACCCGUAUGCAUCUGAACGUCCCAUCUUUGGAUUUAUCUCAAAUGAUGUCUGUAACGUUGAGCUGACAGAGGAACGCUACAUCCUGUUCAUGGCUGGAGAAGCCGUAAAUAUGCCUGGCAAAAAAUUCACACUUGACCACACCGUUCUUGCAAUGCCCAUGACUGGUCACAUCAAGAACGAGAUCCAUGAACUCUGCUCUGUUGCCUAAAGAGGUCCCAAAAGAUAACCUUGAGGGAUUACAGUACAUCUUACUCCACAUCUAUCUAUGGCUCCAUGAAUGUAUUCUCAUUGUCUCAUCCACCAGUUGAUGUCUGGAGUUAAUGAAAAAGAACAUUUAGCUCUAAGAAGAUGUAACAUUUCCAUGGAGAAUUUGUGCAACAAUACUUUCUUAAAACUACCAAAUAUGGUAUUAUUACGUAUGAAUAAAAUAAAAUGAACUUCACAUAAUUUGACAUAUGUCAAACUGUACAUGUAAUUGUGGUACGUCAAUCAUUAGCGAGGUUUUUUAUUGUAAGAGAAGACUUGGUUCUUUCAACACUUGCAGGGCAUUGUUAGAAAUACAUGUGCCUUUCAGUUUUUCACUUGUACAGUAUAUUUUUUCAUUGCACAUCUUUUUAUGGGCACACAGUCAAAUGCAUUUUAAAAGAAAAUUCACCAAUUUUAUGAGCAAUUCAAUUAAUAAGAGUCUGUUUUAAUGCUUGUAACUAUGUCUAUAAAUACAUGGUAUCCCAAACCCUUUUACAAAAAGCUGUGAUUAAUAUACAUACAUGUAUUUUUACUCUCCAUUUUGUAAAACCUCUGGCCCA